CUAUGUUCAUUGCUAACCUGAUCAACCCAGGAUGUGGCUCUCUGUGACAUCACACCCAGAUGUUUUUCCAGGCCACGCCCCCACGGGGCUCUGAAACACUCAGAGGAGCAAUAACGGAGAAAGCUUAUUCUACUGUCACAAUGCAAUGGACGGGUUAGAGAAACUGCAUUUUUGUCAUUUCAUUGCACUCUAGAAGAUCAACGUUAAUUCCCACUUAAAGCAACAAGCUGCCAGAGUUAUGAUUUUUUUCUUUCAUUGGACUUUAAAUGCCUUUUCUCUUUAGUGACAAGCUGGGUGCAAUCUCACAAACAGAGUGCAUUUAGGAUAGCUGCUCAGUCAGCCCUGGCUUCUACAAAGGGAUCCUAAGACAUAGGAGGGGAAAAGUCUGCUUGUUUUUGUGUGUUGUUUUUUUUUUUUUUUAAGGGAAAACGUGCAAUUUUUUUUUUUUAAACACACCUAUGAAAAAUGGCAACAGCAGCAUACGUGGAUCAUUUUGCAGCCGAGUGCCUUGUUUUUAUGUCCAAUCGUGCUAUUAUCCACAGUCCCAAAGGGGACGCAGAUCCCCGACCUGAUGCAGCAGUACCUCCUCCUCUAUCAAAUGGAGAAAAUAAGCGGGAAGUAAGAGAGACCGGGAAAGACAAUGGAUCGUCGCUGUUUGUGGUGGCCAGGAUUUUAGCAGAUCUUAACCAGCAUGUCCCAAAUUCUGCCACCGUUCGGAUGGAAAAAACAGAGAGCAUCGAUAACAGGGAAAAACUAAGUCCUUCUUUUCCUCCUCAGGAGUUUGGGGAGGAAAGUGUCUCCCCAGCCGGCAAGCGUGGAGAAGGAAAAGCAGCCACACCUACUAGCCUGGCUGCAGUAAGCGAGCCAAGCCCCAAACAAAGGAGCAGACGGGGAAGAAACCGGGCUGACCCCGAGUCACCCCAGAAAAAGCACAAAUGCCACUACGUGGGGUGCGAAAAAGUUUAUGGCAAAUCUUCCCAUCUCAAAGCUCAUCUAAGGACCCACACAGGAGAGAGGCCUUUUGAAUGCAGCUGGCAAGAAUGCAACAAGAAAUUUGCUCGCUCCGACGAACUGGCCCGGCACUACCGCACUCACACUGGAGAGAAGAAGUUCGGCUGCCCUCUCUGCGAGAAACGUUUCAUGCGCAGCGACCACCUGACGAAGCAUGCCCGUCGCCAUGCCAACUUCCACCCCAGCAUGCUCAAGAGGCGGAGCGGCAGCAGCUCCAGAACGGGGUCUGUCAGUGACUAUAGCCGUUCGGAUGCAUCAAGCCCCACCAUCAGCCCCGCCAGCUCCCCAUAAACCUACCUGCACUGGAUGUCAGCACUUUGCCUCUGACACUUAUUGUGGAGUUGAAUUUGUGUUGCACACAGUUUUAAAACCGUCGCUUAUUUUGUUUUGUUUUUUCAAAUCAGUAAGUAGCUGCCUCUCACUGCAACUUCAAAACAACAACUCUUCACCUCGCCAAACAGGUGGCUGGUCUAACCUCACGGACAGACGGAUCUUAAUGUUCCACUUAGUGGCUCCUGCUGCCUCAAUAUUUCAUACGUUUUACAGCCAUAAACAGAUGCUCUUGAUUGUUGUUUAUAAAUAAAAAAAACCCCAUAAAACCUUAAAAAACCCAUCUAUAAUUCACCUCAGGUGUCCGAGCAGUUUUGAGAGAUGGGAUUGCACAACACAAGCAUAUAUACAGUUACAAUUCAGUUGUGUUGGGCUUUCUCCCCCCACCCCCUUCUCCUUUCUCAGGGAUGGCUAUUUAUAUUACACAAUAAGUACAAUGAAGACAUACCUUUGCCACAACCUUACUCGGUAAAUAUAUUUGCACUCAGAAACAUUUUGUUUGUUUUUUCUC